GAAUACAGAAGUUGGUGAGAAAUUGCCCAGAGUAAUUUGUUAUGACAAUGGAUACAAUACGCUGUUAUUUCAUAUUUUUGGUCAUGUUUCUUGGAGCAGGAAUUCACAUAUCAAUCGCGUUGCAGUGCGACUGCCAGUGGUGUAGUAACAGUACCUGCUACACGGAUGGCCUGUGCUUUGUGUCCUUUGUCAAGUCGGGCAGUAAGAUGGUGGCACAGGGGAGCAGGUGUUUACUGGAAGCAGACCUCAUCCCUAAAGACAGGCCGUUCUUCUGCGCCCCUUCCAAGAAGGAGAACACCGGUGUUGUCCCUGUCUGCUGCAACAGAGACAUGUGUAACAAAGACCUCAACCCAGAAGACUACUCCGAGACAUUCCCCACAGCCCGUACCCCUCCACUGAGCCCAGUGACCCUGGCGGCCGUCAUCGCGGGGCCGGUGUGUAUGCUAUGUUUCGUGCUGCUGCUGGUGUUCUAUGUGUGCCACAGCCGCUCGAUUAUCCACCACCGCGUGCCCAACGAGGAAGACCCUGCCAUGGACCACCCCUUCCUGGCUGACGGCCAUACCCUCAAAAACCUCAUCUACGACAUGACCACCUCAGGCUCCGGAUCAGGUCUGCCCCUAUUGGUGCAGAGGACCAUAGCGAGGACCAUCAUCCUGCAGGAGAGCAUCGGAAAGGGGAGGUUCGGGGAGGUGUGGCGGGGCCGCUGGCGAGGAGAGGAGGUGGCCGUUAAGAUCUUCUCAUCCCGGGAGGAGCGCUCGUGGUUCCGUGAGGCCGAGAUCUACCAGACUGUCAUGCUUCGCCAUGAAAACAUCCUGGGCUUCAUUGCCGCUGACAACAAAGAUAACGGCACGUGGACCCAAUUGUGGCUGGUAUCAGAUUACCAUGAGCACGGCUCCCUUUUUGACUACCUGAACAGGUACACGGUGACAGUGGAGGGCAUGAUCAAGCUGUCCCUGUCCACCUCCAGCGGCCUUGCUCACCUGCACAUGGAGAUUGUUGGCACGCAAGGUAAACCUGCCAUCGCCCACCGCGACCUGAAGUCUAAGAACAUCCUGGUGAAGAAGAAUGGUACUUGCUGCAUCGCUGACCUGGGAUUGGCUGUCCGGCAUGACUCUGCCACUGACACCAUCGACAUCGCCCCCAAUCACAGAGUUGGAACCAAGAGGUACAUGGCCCCUGAAGUCCUGGAUGACUCCAUAAACAUGAAGCAUUUUGAGUCAUUCAAGCGGGCAGAUAUCUACGCCAUGGGCCUGGUGUUUUGGGAGAUCGCACGGAGAUGCUCAAUAGGAGGUAUCCAUGAGGACUACCAGCUGCCCUACUAUGACCUGGUCCAGCCAGACCCCUCGGUGGAGGAGAUGAGGAGGGUGGUGUGUGACCAGAAACUACGGGCCAACAUCCCCAACAGGUGGCAGAGCUGCGAGGUGCUGCGAGUGAUGGCUAAGAUCAUGAGGGAGUGUUGGUACUCCAACGGGGCGGCCCGCCUCACCGCGCUGCGCAUCAAGAAGUCCCUGUCCCAGCUCAGCCAGCAAGAGGGCAUCAAGAUGUAGACUAGAGGGUCAAGACUACCUGUCUGUCUGGACUUUCUUUCUGUCCCCAUCGCUAUGUGCUGUUCUCUUCGACAUCUCUUUCUCUGAAGAGGAAGGGAGGGGAUAGUACAAUUCAGGUGGGUGUGUGUACCUUUCAAUGUCUCAUUCCUUCAAGGCUGAUUGUAGAGAUUGCUUCUCUGCUCUUCUCUGUUCUCCUCUGAGAUUGCAUCAGGACAUGGGUGGAUUCUGGAUAACAUUCUAGACUCUGGAUGCAGAGACACAACCUCCUGUCCCUCCCGUUGUUUUGCCUGACUGUAUCCAUUCCUUCUUUCGUACCCCAUCCAAGAAACGCUGGACUUUAUUGGGACCUCCUGUAGGAAUUCCAUUGCAAAUAUUCUGAAUCAAAGAAAAUAUGCAUUGAAAGAAAUUCUAAAUUUUGAUAUACCUCUCUCUGAUCAUUUCUCAAAGCACCAAGGUCAGUGUAUAUUUAAGUGUUUUGUUUAAACAUGAUUAAGUGUUACUUAUAUGAAUUUCUUUAUUUCACUUAAUAUCUUUCACCUUAAAAUGUUUAUUUUACAGAUGCCAGAUCCAUAUUUUUUUAUGUGUUUUGUCAAGCAAAACAGAACAUGACCUCAUUAAGCUUUGUCAAAUAUGCAGUGAAAUAUGCAAUAUCUUGUUCAUUGCUAUGUAUAUAUGUUCCUUAAAGUGUAUACAGUGCAUUCAGACAGUUUUCAGACCCCUUGACUUAUUCCACAUUUGUUACGUUACAGCCGUAUUCUAAAAUUGAUUUAAUUAUUUUUUUCCCCACUGAUCAAUCUACACAAAGUACCCAUAAUGAAGAAGCUAUUUUUUGUAUGAAUGUUUGCAAAUGUAUAUAAAAAAAAACUUAGAUGGGGAGUGUUGCUGCACAUCUAUUUUCAGGUCUCUCCAGAAUUGUUUGAUCGGGUUCAAGUCCGGGCUCUGGCUGGGCCACUUAAGGAUAUUCACAGACUUUUCCCGAAGCCACUCCUGCAUUGUCUUGGCUCUGUGCUUAGGGUCCUUGUUCGGUUGGAAUGUGAACCUUCACCCCAGUUUGAGGUCCUGAGCACUCUGGAGCAUCAAGGAUUUUCAUCAAUGAUCUGUCUGUACUUUGCUCUGUUUAUCUUUACCUUGAUCGUGACAAGUCUCCCAGUCCCAGCCACUGAAAAACAUCCCCAGAGCAUGAUACUGCCACCACCAUGGUUCACUGUAGGGAUGGUGCCAGGUUUCCGCCAGAUGUGACGCAAUCUUGGUUUCAUCUGGCCACUCUACCAUAAAGGCCUGAUUUGGUGGAUUCCUGCAAAGAUAUCUAUCUUUUUUUACAAUUUAAAAGUUUACAACUUUUUUCUCCCCAAUGUCAUGGCAUCCAAUUGGUAGUUAGUCUUGUCUCAUCGCUGCAAUUCCCAUACAGACUCAGAAGAGGUGAAGGUUGAGUGCUGUACGUCCUCCGAAAAACAACCCAGCCAAGCUGCCCUUCUUCUUGACACAAUGCCCACUUAACCAGGAAGCCAGCCAAUAUGUCGGAGGAAACACCAUACACCUGGUGACCAUGUCAGCGUGCAUUGCGCCUGGCCCGCCACAGGAGUCGCUAGAGGGCUCAUGGGACAAGAACAUCCCUGCCAGUCAAACCCUUGCCUAACCCUGACGACGCUGGGCCAAUUGUGAGCCACCCCAUGGGUCUCCCGGUCGCGGCUGGCUGCGACAGAGCCUGGACUCGAACCAGGAUCUCUAGUGGCACAGCUAGCCUUAGACCACUGCACCACUCGGGAGCUCUGUCAGAGUGACGAUUGGGUUCUUGGCCACAUCCAUGACCAAGGCCCUUCUCUCCCGAUUGCUCAGUUUAGCCAGGUGGCCAGCUCUAGGAAGAGUAUUGUUGGUUGCAAACUUCUUUCAUUAUAAGAAUGAUGGACACCUUCAAUGCUGCAGACAUUUUUUUUACCCUUCCCCAGAUCUGUGACUCUACACAAUCCUGUCUCGGUGCUCUACGGACAAUUUCUUCAACCUCAUUUUUGCUCUGACGUGCACUGUCACCUUAUAUAGACAGGUGUGUUUCUUUCCAAAUCAUUUCCAAUCAAUUUAAUUUACUGCAGGUGGACUCCGUUCAAGUUGUAGAAACAUCUCAAUGAUGAUCAAUGGAAACAGGAUGCACCGGAGCUCAAUUUUCGACUCUCAUAGCAAAGGGUCUGAAUACUUAUGUAGGUAAGGUUUUUCUGUUUUCUAGUUUUAAUAAAUGUGCAAAACUUUCGAAAAAGCUGUGUUCACUUUGUUGUUAUGAGGUAUUAUGUGUAGAUUGAUUAGUGGAAAAUGUAUUUAAUCCAUUUUAAAAUAAGGCUGUAACGUAACAAGAUGUGGAAAAAGUCAAGGGGUCUGAAUACUUUCUGAAUUAACUGUAUAUGAGUGGUUGUAUAUGGGUGUACUCAAUUCCAAUGCAUUUGGUGUGUGUGUGUGUGUAUACAGGUGUACAUUCUGUAUGCAUGUGUACAUGCAGUACAUCUACGCUGUUAGAUAUACAUGUACCUCUAUUUUAUACAAACUGCUUUUUUGUUAUUUCAACCACAACCAGGAAGUUCUCUGAAUCAGUCAUCCAAUCAUACGUUAAUGUAGUAGUAGGAGGUUCUCUGAACAAAUGGCUCCUCCCACUGCCAUAGGAAAUGAUGCAGUGGAGAUCAGGGUCAUAUUCAUUAGGCACCAAACGGAAGGAAAUGGACUGAAACAGGGUGGGUCUACCUGGACUAAAUGUAUCUAAUAAGAUAAAUGUUUUUAAACAUUUUUGCUAAGGUGUGCACUAAUGAAUAAAACCCAGGGUUGCCAUUAGGCCUAAGCAACACCAUGAUACCUGUCACUCUUCUCAGCAGUAAUGCAUCCUGUACAGUUUAAGGGAAAGCAUUGAUGGAGCUACAUUAUGUAGGCUUUUUUUCCUGCAUACUUUUAUUGCUUUUAUGUCAAUGAGUUUUCACAUGGGCAUAACAUGGGCAUAACAUGGGCAUAACAUUUCAAACAAGAAUGUACAUUUGUAUAUCUUAGAGAUGUGUACAGCUCUACCUUGACAGUGAGAAUACCCCUUGAGACCUAUACAGGUCCUGUAGUUGAUCUUUCGUUGUUGGCAUGAAAGAAAAAACGAAAUGUUAAUUUAUUAGUUGGUAAUAUCCUUAUGCUUUUAAAUUUAUAUAUUUGAUCAUGUGACCUCACUUCUUAUCUCUCUAGGACAAAACCAAUAGGACAAAUAGGACAAAACACAGUAAACAGGAAUUUAAGCGAGUAAAGGAAAUUCUGUAGACAUUGUUUCGUAUCGCUUCAGCAGUAAGGAAUGCACUUUUGGGCAUUGUUGUCUUACAUGAUCAAAAAAAAUCCUAAUCCCAAAUAGGAGUAGACUACAGUACGAUGAAGAGAGUUCAGAUGGAUGCUCGUCAAUAAGUGCCAUAGCAUUUUGUUUGACGAGUAGUGUUAUUUUUUUAUAUAUAUUUUUUGACAUAGGCACAUGUAUUCAUAUCUGCUACUGUGUUGUGUUGGUUUUUGUCUUUCAGCACGUUUACAGCAUAACCUGCUUUAACCAACCAAAACAAACUUUAAAUGUUGUGCCAUACAUAGAAUGCAGAACUGGUCAACUGGGCAUCAUGUGGAUGAAAAACAAUAGAUUGUGUUUUUUGGUCACAUUCAUCAGACUUGAGGUGAAUAAUAUUGCUGCUAUAAUAUACUGUUUGUGUUGAACCAAAAAAGUAUUAUUAUUUUACAGUGGAACACAAGAUGCAACCGUUGUCAUUUACUCAUCAAAAAAUGUUACUUUCUACCGCAUUCUUCUGUCUCAAAUCACCAGCAGCCUUUCACUUUCUGAAGCAGCAUUUGACUUUUCUGAAGCUAGAAACAUCCAGGUACUCCUCUCAGCAACAUCAACCGCCUCUGAGUCCCUAGCAGCAGGACUCCACUAACUAUGGACUCCACUAACUAUGCUCACUAUCUGCUAGUGUAGUGUUCACCAGGAACCUUGUAGUUACACCCUACAAUGUCAAUGUUUUACGAUAUUUCCUUUCCCAAUUGUUAUAUAAUCUACAAAUGUGGUGUGUUGUUUGUCAUGUAUGGUGCUUUAUACCUGUAUACUGUACCAUUCCCCAUUUAGUUUAGUUUAACUAGUGUGUGUCACUGAAUUCCCCAUUCUGCCAGUGAUACAGUAUGUAGCCAUCAUUAUACAGGCAUGAUUACUGCUGUCACUGACCUGAACUCAAGCACUAAACGAGGAAGUGCCCCGCAGUUGUGUACUGAAUGAGAUGCUCUGAUUAGCAGAAGGGGAAAACGACCAGUGAGGCAGGCAGGCAGCAAGGCAUUCAUAUUUAGUAGUGGGCUUCUGACGCAACCGCAAAAUUGGAAAUUGAUAUUUAAGCUCUGCUCUGUAGUACAGAUUGUGAAACAGAAUUUAAAUAAUGUUUUGGGUAAGCAAGCCAUUGUGAAACGUACAGUAUUUGAUAAUUGGGAUCCAACCUGAAAGUUCUGUUGUGCAAAAUGACAAAAUCAGUCAUGCUAUCCUGUGUUUUACUUAGAGAAUUGUUCUUGUGUUAUAUGCUAGUGUUUUUCUUGCUGAUGCAGCCUUGUCUUGUGUGACUUAGUCAUAAGUCUGGGCAUACAGAUAAGAGCUGGGUGCAACCGCAGUAUGUGACAUCCCGUUUGUACUAUCUGCAAGAACUCCUCUGUGUGUAAACUUGCAGGAAGUAACAGACAAUGGUGGCAACGUCAGCUGUCUUAAUCUGCGCAGACAAGCUAAACGCCUCUUAUACACCAUGUUCCCCACCUCUGUUUGCACACAUCUGCUAACUGCAACAUAGACAAAGAGGAUGGACAUUUCUCUAAAAGCUGAGAGCCACUGUUCGUUGGGCUUUUAACUGCACUGUUGAGUGGAUUGUUGACCGCUCCAUUUUUGCAAAUCUUAUAAUUAAAUUCUUCAAACAACAAUUUUGUCUCUCUUCCCUUAUGGUUAGAAUUUCCACUACAGUUCCCUUGACAUCUUUGUCACAUGUUCUACAGUAGCUGUUAAGUGUCAAGUAGCUGCAGUAUGUGCUACUACAUGCUGGCUCCAGUACAAAAGAGCCUUCUUAUUUCUCCCAAUGCCUACUUUUCACUUAUCUAGAAUGUUAUAUGGAACCAUAUUCAAAGUCCACUAUAUGUGCUCCCAAGAUUCUGCUUGAAAGGGAGGAAAUGGAACAAUGUGAAGUUUUGGCUAAAAAGUAAAAACACAAUCGAAAAAUGUUAACUAUACCUCAACAGACCAAUGUUUUUUUCAAUUAUAAUUUACCUCAAUGUACAUAAUACUUUAUCUACCACGUUUUACAUUUAUUUUUAUGAAAUGUCUCGUAAAAAAAAGUAUAUUUCUUUAUUUGACUGUGGUAGUCGGUGUACUGUUUGUCCCAUAUGUGUAAGAAGUAAUCCUAUUGCCUGAACCAGAAUCUGAGAAUGUUUCAUCUUUAGAAUUCUGCAGAGUUUUAUAGAAAGGCAGUAUAUCUAUGAUUUGUGCCAAUUGUAUGAAGGAGGGUUAUGUUGCACCACUUCUGAGCUCUCCUCAAGAUACAGUAUGUUGUAUUUACCUUUUUACAAAGUUUUUAAAAGAAUGAGCGCUUGACAUAGGAAUUCAGAGGACACUGACUAUUAUUUCAAGAUCAUGUAUAGUGAAGUAAGAUGUUUUGUGAAUAAAUAUAUGCACAUUUUA